AUGGUGAUUUCAUGUUUGGUUACUAGUGUUCUCCAACAUUCUUUUAAGUUUCUUUCGUUGCUUACAUUAAUUUUAUGUUCAACAACUCAAACAGGAAAUUGGAAUAAAUUUUUCUUUUACUAGCAUGUCUAAUAUUUUAUCAUAUAUAAUUAGUAUACAACUUAAUAUAUUUAGGCUAUUAUUUAGAUCAAUAUUUUAAUUUAUUUACAUUCUAUGUCAUAAUUGCUGUAAUCUAUUAUUUUUUAAGCAUUAUUUUUUUGUAUUCAAGAUAAUCAAUAAAGCCUUAGAUAAAAAGCUGAUCAGUUUUGAAAGUUGUUAAAUAAUAAUUCUUUUAUUUAUACAAAAUAAAUUACUUAUAGGAAGUAUUCAGAAAUUCAUAUUUUUGCUGGCUUAUUGA